ACUGGAUUCAAAUUCAGCGAUGGCUGGCUGCGGAAUUUCAAAAAAAGGUACGACCUGGCAUUCAAACGAAUGUGUGGCGAGAGUGGGGCUGUCGACCUAACCCUUGUGUCGAACUACCGCGCAGACAAGCUGUGUGCACUGCUGCGCCAGUACUCUUCAGACAACGUCUUUAACUGAGAUGAGACAGGCCUUUUUUUAUAAGAUGUUGCCUGACAAGAUGCUUCCUUUGUCCGGGGAGCCCUGCCAAGGGGGAAAGCAUAGUAAGGAGCGUCUGACAGUUGUCGUGGGAGGCAACAUGUCAGGAACGGAGAAGCUUGCACUCCUCGUUAUAGGAAAAUCAAAACAUCCUAGAUGUUUUAAAGGGGUCAAGACGCUGCCUGUCUGGUACGAGGCAAACUCGAAGGCCUGGAUCGCCCAGGCUCUUUUCGAGAAGUACAUCCGGAAGCUUGAUCGAAAAUACGAGCUUCAAAACCGCAAGGUGCUCAUGUUCAUCGACAACUGCGGUGCCCACGGGAACAUAACCAACCUGAAGGCAAUUUACCUAGAGUUUUUGCCGCCAAAUACAACCAGUGUGUUGCAGCCUAUAGACCAGGGCGUGAUUACAAACUUGAAGGUUCACUAUCAAUUGCGCCUUUUCAAUCGCGUGCUCUUGUGUGUGGACUGCGGCAAGAACUACGUUGUGGAUGUGCUGUCGGCCAUCGGCAUCCUGUCUGAUGCCUGGAAGGCAGUGACGGUGGACACAAUCUGCAACUGCUUUCACCAUGCAGGAUUUGUCCUUGAUGAUGAGGACACUGCCACAGGCCACGACCCCGCGGCUGAGCUGUCGCCUGACACGAACAUUAUCGACGACCUCCAUGCCAGUGGGGUCGAUAUCCCCGCUGUUACGUUUGAACAGUUUGCUAACUUGGACAGUGCCGUCCUGCCCUGUGCCGAGUUAGAUGAUGAGGAGAUCGUCCGUCAGGUUCUGGAGCCGCCGCAAGUGGACAGCGACUCCGAUGACGACGCACCGCCCACACCACAGCCAUCGAGUGCAGACUUGGCGCAGGCCUUGAUGACGCUCUUCUCUGUCUAUAGCGAUAGCCUGACACUGUCAGAAAUACAGGCUGACCUAUCGCGCGUAAGCGUGCACCUGUACAGUCGCGCAUUGACAAUUUUUUCCGUCCACUGGGACCAUAAAGGUACUUUUUUCUGGCGAAUCCUUUUUUUCGGACCCUCGAUUAUUCGGAUUUUUCGGCGGUUCCCGUCGAGUCCGAAUAAACGGUCGGCGGCUGUAAUCGAUUUGAGGCAGCAAAUUUCCUUAAAGAUGAUGUCCGAUUUCCAUUCACCAAGCAGGGGUCUUUGUGCGCUGUCAUUGCCGCUCAUCUACCUGCCGAUUCAUUGCAUGUUUGAAGAAUCGUGUGGUUCGUCCGUGUUUGUUAUUCACCACCAUGUUUAUGAUAUCGCCAAGCAGCAGUUCAUAGGUGGGUUUUAA